GAGAAGCGAGGAGAGAGAAAGAGAGAGGGAUAGAGAUAGAGAGAGAGUGAGAGAGAGAGAGAGGUCAAAUCGAGUGGCGAAGGGUUGGCUGUCUUUUAUAUUUUUGUGGUGGUGGUGGUGGUAUUAGCCAAAAGAGGGUUUCAGACAAAAGAAAGAGGAGAGAGAGAGAGAGAGAGGAAAGAGAAGAGAGAGAGAGAGAGAGUGGGAAAGGGAAGCCCUUGAAAGCACAAGAUAAUACUGGAGAGAGUUUAUAGCUCGAAACCCAAUAAAAGCCCCAUUUUUGAGUCUCUAUCUUCCUUUCUCUCUCUUCUCCGACUCGUCGGAUUUUAGCUCCAUCUCAGUCCAUGGAUCCAUGCGAUUUGGUUCGCAAAGGGUUUGGUUGAAGCUUUACCGGAAUUUGAGUUAUUUUUAUCACCCCGCAUCAGUAUUUUUGUUUUUAUUUCAGUAAAUAAUGAGCUUAUCCAAGAAAGGAGCCUGUACGACUGAGGCAAAGCUAAGCACGGCAAGCAAGCUAACAAGACUAAAUCCUAAUGCAGCAGAGUUUAUUCCUUCUGCCCUCCGAACAUCGCCAUCCGGAAGCACCAGUGCAGCCAACGCGGCAUCUAUAUUUUCUUCUUCUGGAACUUUAGGAAAAGCAGUGCUAGAUCGAUCAGAGUCGUCUGUCUCGAAUAAUUCCGAUGAAGAGGCCCACCAGUACUGGCGCCGUCAGCUCCCUGAUGAUAUUACCCCUGACUUCAAGGUCAUGGGAGAAGAUGAAUCUCAAGCCCUGGGAAAUCUCUCUUUGGCGGGCUUAUCCUUGCACGAUGAUAGUGAAUCAAUAAGGUUUUCUCCUUCUACAGGGAGUGGUUAUUUGUUAAACGAGGCACGCGUUAAUGGUAAUAGCUUUUCUGAAAAGUUAAGAAUCUCUGGUUCGACUUAUGGUGAAGAUUUAUCUUCUGGCAAUUUCCUGCAUAUGUCAACUCAGCCUUGGGAUAAACAGAUUGUGAAUAGCAAUCAGCUUGUUAGUAAUGGUCAGGAGGGGCUUCCUUAUGAUGGCAUUUCUCGGCAUGGGUUUAUGAAUGAUAUGUUGGGUGAACAUGCAAUGGUUGAAGAUACUGAUAUUAAUCCUCUUGAAUUUUUGGCUUCACAGUUCCCUGGAUUUGCUGCUGAAAGCCUUGCAGAGGUUUAUUUUGCCAAUGCAUGUGACCUAAAUCUGACUAUUGAAAUGCUCAUCCAGUUGGAGCUUCAAGUUGAUAGCGGUUUCAAUCAAAAUCUGAGCUCAAAGACCCUGUCUGCACCUAAUCUUAGUGCAAUGGACUUUCCCGCACUUACUCCAACAGAUGGUCAGAAUGGUCCUCGAAAAUAUGCUGUAGAUGAACUACAGCAAAGUGGCAAUCCUUAUCGUUCUUCUGACAAGGAAAACCUGCUUUUAUUCAAGUCGAGCUCUUCCGUUCCAUCUAGAGGUGGUAUAGAUUUUGCUUCAGCAGUCAGGAAAUUGGCUGCUCAGGAUUCUGGUGUAUGGAAGUAUGAGCAGAAUAGUUCUGCAGAUGCUGCUAUUGGCUCAAGUAGAAGUUCUCAUGCUUUGACAAGUACUUACAGCAGUGGGCACGGAAGAGGCACCUACAAUGACCGGGCGCAAUCACGUGGCUCUGCUCGGGCUGCUCCUGUUUGGCUUGAAACUGGAGAUGCUGUUGCAAAUAUGUAUUCUGAGCUAAGGGAGGAAGCUCGUGACCAUGCACGCCUACGUAAUGCAUACUUUGAGCAGGCACGGCAAGCAUACCUUGUUGGUAAUAAGGCUCUAGCCAAAGAGUUGAGCGUUAAAGGGCAGCUGCACAACAUGCAUAUGAAGGCAGCUCAUGGAAAAGCUCAAGAUUCUAUAUAUCGUCUGAGGAACCCAGUUGCUCCGGAGAUGCAGGGCAAUGGAAGAGGACAGGAGAGGAUGAUAGAUCUGCAUGGACUGCACGUGAGCGAAGCUAUUCAUAUAUUGAAGCACGAACUGAGUGUGCUGCGAAGCACUGCCAGAGCAGCAGAGCAGCGCCUGCAGGUUUAUAUUUGUGUUGGGACUGGCCACCACACUAGGGGUUCUCGGACCCCUGCAAGACUUCCGAUUGCUGUACAGAGAUAUCUGCUUGAAGAGGAGGGCCUAGAUUACUCUGAGCCGCAGCCAGGGCUGCUUCGAGUGGUGAUAUGAGUCAAGGAGAUGGGUGUAAGGUAUAGGAGUUUUUUUGACACAGCAAAAUCCAUGAAGUCAAUUCUUGUUAUCAUAGUCAUUCUUGUAUCUGUAUACAGGAGGAAACGAAGAUUAGUUCAAAUCUGAAAAAAGAAAAAAAAUGAAGAAAAAGCUGGGAAGUUAGACAGGAAGAGGAAAAUGAAAAAAAAAAAAGGGUGACAACAUUGGAAGCCCAAGUGUAUCAUUAAAGGUUUUAACUGGUUGACAGUAGCAUUACAUUUUGGUAGCGCAGAGAGGUUGUACUUGUCAGAUCUCUUGCAACUUUUUUCUAUUUGUUAAUUCUGUACCUUAAAAUUUUUUCUCGUUGUCAAAUUCCUUGUUCUGAUAUGCAGAUGUAAUUUGAUAGAAUUAAAUCACAUGAUUAAACAGUCAAGCUGCCAGUUACAUUUUUCUA